AUGGGAACAAAGUUUGCAGCGUAUACUUUAAAAUUAACCAAUUUAAAUGAAUAUUAUCAAAGGCUUCUUCACGGUAGUCAACCGCUUCCAUCUGGUACUGACAUGGCCAAUACCGUAAAGCACUUGUCGCAAACUUUGUUAUCUGUAUUGAAAGAAGCCAGAGAAGCACCAUUGGAAAUGAUCAAGUCGCAAAAAUUUGAUUCUGAACGCAUGGCUCUUUAUCCUAAUUUGGAUUACAAACAAUUGUAUAAUGCUUUGACUCAGUUGAUGGAUGUUAUUCCUUUGAUCCAUAUUGGUUUACAAGCCUUUGGACAAGCUUUGUUACAAUGUCUGGCUUGCCUUUUACCAUUUCUUGAACAUGAUCUGAUCGAUAAUAUGCCAUAUUUAGCGGCAAGUUCUAUCUCUGUUUUACCGAUGGAACUUCAUCAAGAUAUCGUUAAUUAUUUAUGUUUUUAUAUUCUACCAUUUACAAUAACAAGAAAAACCGAAGAUGGUAAUGAAAAUUCUUCCAGUCAAUCCAUUGCGGCAGUGAUAAUGAUGAUUUUUCAAUACUCUAAUAAUCCAGCACAUCACUGUCAAUUACUGGAAUGUUUAAUGACGUUAAAGCCAGGAGUAGUUAAGGAUAUAUUGUGCGUGAUCGCUUAUGGCACCGCACCAGCAAGAGCAUCCGCUGCAAAAUUAUUAUUUUACUAUUGGCCUUCGUUCAAUCCAAAUUUAUUUGAUCGUCGAGCGGUUUUAGUUAAAUUCGCAAAUGAUCUUUCUCCUUUCGUAUGUCAGAGAGAUUCUUGUCCAAACGCUGGCAAUGCCGAAGCAGGAAAGGUUUGUUACGACCAUAGAAUUUCGAUUACUUUCGCUACCGAAUCACCACCACCUCUUUAUCUUUGUAUCGAAUGUGCUAACGAGAUUCAUCGUGAACAUCCAAAUCAAAUGUUUUACGACAUCUUACAUCCGAUGCAACAGGUGUCAAUGGUUUGUGAAAACAAGAAUUGUAGAGCAUCGGACAAAUCGGCGAUCAGCGUUUGCUUUUCAACGGAAUGUGCAAGUUAUAAUGGAAAUCAUCCAAUUCGUUAUUGUCAGCAAUGUCACAAUAUUCGGCACAAUAAUCGUCGUGGUGGUGAUCACAUUUAUCACAUGGCUCUGCCACAUAUCUCACAACUCGACGCUCAAACCCGAACUUAUUUGGUUCAAGCUAUCGUCAGCCUGCUCAAGGAAGCUGAACCGCUAAGUAUGGAUAGUAACCGCGACAUCUCAGAAAUAAGUACUAAUAAGGGCAGCACAGGAUUCCCAGGAAGCAGUGGCGGUGGUGGUGGCAGUAGCGGCAUUAGCGGAGGUGGUUCUGGAGGUGGUAGCGGUGGCGGUCUUGGAAGUAGUAACUUCUCUGCAGCUGGUGGAUCGGGUCAAUGCGAUCCUACAACACUCGAGGAGAGACAACUUUUAGGAAGAUAUGGCGUUUGGCUACUCGUGGGACUUUGUACCCCGAACCAGGAUACUCCGAUCGAAAUACUCGGGCGUUUAUUGUCAAUGCUAUUUCAUUGGUUUCAUGUCACUGCCUACUCUUUCGAUGGUACUAAAAAAAGCCUUAUGCACCUUAUCUUUUCUGUUGGCCAAGCUGAAAGUGCGCUUGAAAAACUAAAAACCGAGUAUGUCUGUGGUUGGCUAUCUAAAGUUAUGAAAACCCAUUACGAUGUCUUCAUUUCCUGCCUUUUACCACAUCCAGCUGAUUACGUUAGAGUCGGAGGUCAUUGGGAGACUUUGGCCUCGAGAACGUCACAUUUGAAAGAUGGUUUAAAUCGGCUUUUUUGCUUAGUUCCUUACGAGGUAAUCACAACCGACGUAUGGGAUUACGUAAUGCCACAUUGGAUGGAAGCUAUGGUUAAUGACGUACCGGAACAUGAACUUCACGAAUUAAAAAUGAUUCUUUGUAAAAUUUUGGAUCCGGACAUGAGUCCAUUAGGUUUUGAUGCAAAAAAGAUGUAUAAUUUCGUAGCGAAAAGAUUCAUCAAUACCAGCCCAAAAGUGCAAGAACAAGCGCUUAAUUGGCUUCAGACUUUGACGAUGUUAGAAAUUAUGAUUCCGCUGUGUCAAUUGUUCUCAAUGUUCAGUGAUGGAGUCGCGGUAAUGGGUAAAAUGAACACGACAGAAUCCGAAGAAAAACCUAAUAAAGCUAUGAAAACUACUGAAGGUGACAAUACGAUAUUCGUAGAAAAUGAAUCAGGCAAAUCAACACCCCUUUCUGAUGAUGCUAUUCCUACCCCAAGACAUAUGGAAUUUAAUACCAACGCAGAAUUAAACUUAUCUUGUUGCAUUCUUAUGCUCGAUAUUCUAUUAAAGCAGAUGGAACUACAAGACGUUGAUAAACACACUGGUAUCAACUCCUCGGUCUGUAAAAACGCGUGUCAUCUUAUGAAAUCAAUAGUAGCAUCGAACUGGAACAAUUGUCAUAUCUGUAACUCUAAAAACGAAUGCAGUUAUUGCGAGUCAAGGGUAAUAUGGCAUCAACUGUGUUUACAAUUGGUCACUUACAUGGCUCCAGAAAAUCCGGCUUAUCCACCAGACACGGUAGUUGAUGAAACAGUGGAAGAUCACGGUCGUAAGGGUUCACCAGAAUCUACUAGGAAAAGCGAUUCGAAGCCAGAUGUUGUCAUUAAUAUGCCAGUUCCAGAAUUACACUCCGUUGGCGGUGUCCUUGUUCAUAUGCCUCACUUCUUCGAACAGAUCAUGACAGCCACAGUAGAAACAGUUUCGGAGCAGUUGGAUCUUGCAGCUAUCAUGCCAGCUGAAAAGGUCAUGUCUGCCGUAGCACGAGCUGUUACCCUUUCGGAUACUGAUGUUGCUACGGCAACGGUUAGCGUAGCGAAACCACAUCUCAUAGGAGAAAACGAUCAACCUUUGAACUGUAGUCCGGAAAAUGAGCUCGACGAUUUUUGGCAAACCUCUGUUGGAAAGUUUCGAUUUUCCAUCGAUGAAUUACCCGAACAGUUGCAAUAUAUACAUAAACUUCUUAAGGAGAUUCAAACUAUCGACAAAGCCGACAUUUUGUAUUACAUGUUGCAAUGUUUAAAUGUUAUGUGUUUGUAUGGGGAUGCAUUUAAUACGGCGGUUAAGGAUCAUCAAGGCUUCUUCAUUUGGUGUCAAGAAAAUUUAUUGAUAAGAAAUUUGUGGGAACUCUUGAAUGCUGAAUAUUCUCACAUAGCUGAAGUAACUGUACCUUUGUUGUUGCAUUGUGUGACACUACCAUGUGGAACCGAUACAUUUUGUCGCUUGAUCAAAGAAGAAUUUCACAAUUCUGAUUGGCGUAUUAGAUUUUUAGCAGUGGAAAGAAUAACACUGAUCGCUAGAUUUAUGGAUUCGACGCCAUUACGAAACGUUUUAAGUCUACAAGCUGCAUUAGCAAUUGCUUUUUGUUAUUUAAUCACCAGUAUGGACGAUAGCAACGUCUAUGUUGCACAAAGAGCUACUCUUUAUCUUGGUACAAUUCAUGAUACUGCCGUACGUUCUUUAAUUCUUUGUUUGGAAACUCAAUUCGACUUAGUAAUCGAAGAUCGGCCAAUGGUAUUACAAUCGCUGUAUCAACUUCACAAUUGUUUAAGUGAUCGCCGUAUUUUAACUUGGGAAUUUUUUCUCAAUCGUUUUGACGCAGUAUUUCUUGAAGCUCAAAUCAAUUUAGAGAAAUCUGGAGACAUAGUUUAUCUACGUGAUCUCAGAAAUACCGAUUUAAAUAGCGAGGUCUUCAUAAAGAAAUUACACAGAGCUCACGAAGCGCUUUCUCAAUCCGAUGGAAGUGGAACGAGUUCCGUAAAAACUCUGAGCGCGAAUUUCGGAACAAAGUGGCCAUAUAAACGAACUAUGUCAGCACCCGCAUCGAUGAUCCCCAGGCAGGAUACUAAACAAGAAAAGGAAAAGGUCUAUAGUCGACAAUAUUCCGCACCUAUUUUGAAGCGCAAGAGCUCCAGAUUUGGACUGGGUCAGUUGCUGGGGCCCACCCCACCUAAUAACAGUAUUUCAGAUGGCCAUGUACAUUCAUUGAAUAUGGUCGACGAAGGUGGUACUUUACCAAGUUAUACGCAUAAAAUUGUUGAUUUUGAAGAAGCUGAUAAAGAAACCAUUCACCUAUUAGUUUUUCUUUUAAUGCAAUUUCUUUCUAGGCAAGAUCAAGCAUAUCCGACAGAUGAAAAACCAUUAUCGAAGACGCAGGGAAUAGUUUUACGACAUUUGUAUCUUUUGUUGGGAUAUAAUCAAACAGAACGAACAUUUCACAUUUCUCCACAACGAUUAAGACUUUCUCCAGUAUUCAAUGUCUUCGUGGCUAAUUUACCACAAUUAUUAGACCAGAAUCAUGUAAUGGGUUGGGUAAUGACACCACCAGUUUUGGCUAUAUUACAACAUUGUCCUUGUCCACCACAAGGUGUUCCUCCGACGGAUCAUCAACAACCUACAUAUAGUCUUUGGUAUUUAGAACCACAUAUUAGACGAUCUUGGUUGAUGUCUCUUCUUGUAAUAUUAUAUAAGUGUCAAUACAGUCAACAACCGUGGUGUAAUCAAUUACAAGCUUUGAUAAAAAUAGUGUUGAAUACACUCGAUGCACAGCAUCAUCAAUGUAAGAGAAUACCAGCUACAGUGGUAAUGGGUGGGCCCCCUUCUAGAUCACGUGAUGUAUCGCAACCAUCUCUUGGAGUAGAUCAUGAUUUGACGGCUAGUGCAAUGGGUGAAUUUGAUAGUGAAAGUCCACCGAUGCGUACACCAUUGAUAUCGGUACAUCAACGUAGUCCAGGUGCCAUUCACAGUCAAUCUCUCGCAAUGGAAACUCAUUGGGAAGAGAGUGGUCCACCUUGUCGCUAUACAAACAAACACUCAAGCUGUUCGAUCAAUGCGGAUGAUACGGAGUCCGAGCUGGCUGCAAUACCAGAGAGUCCAAAAUCUGACAGCACCUUGCAUGGUAGUAGCGGAGGAUCUCUUGGUGAACUGGAGGAAAGUACAGCCGUUGUCACUCGAAGUGCCUCUAUACAUGGUGCCAGAACAUCUACAACCGGUGACAUAAUCGGAAAAAUCGAAGUUAAUCAUUCGAAUCGAUUGAAAUCCGGAAUACCAGCAGCAAGACCAACUUGGUUUUUAGGAAACGAGGAUGAUACGCAUCAAGCUAACAAAUUUGGAACUCAGAAAAAGUGGAGCGUUCACGAAGGUGUCAAAAUGAUGGUAACAAGUACUUUUCUAGGUGGACAACAUGAAUCCUCUAAACAACCAUCAAUGUCAAAAGUAGCGAUAACAGAAGAUAAAGGUCAAUUACACUUUAACGGAGAUAAUACAUCUGCAAGGCCAUUUGGAUUGUCUAGUGCUUUUGCUGUAGCUACAAGUAUAUCUCAUAUUCAAAGAUACGAACCGCCAACAGAAAAAACACUUCCUUCUGUACCAAAAAUGACAGAUUCACCAAACUCCAAACAAUUAGGUCGACAAAAACACGUGGAACAGCCAACAACUAUAGUAUCGCCAGUUUCUCCAUGUCAAGCUAUUACAGUUACUAGCAGUGAUCAAUCUAGCUCACCUGCGAUGAGUUCUAUAUCCUCUCAAAUUACAAGUACAGAGAAUGGACAACAUGCCAGUUGGUUGGGAAGCCCACAAUUUCCGAUGACAACACCGACGAUUGAGCGAUUAUUACCAAUUGGUACAACAACUCGACUAACAGCUUCAAGAGCUCCCCAGCGUGUAUUGCGAUGCGAGGAUGCAUAUGGAUCUCCGGAAUCACCCCUUUCUAAAAUGGAUGUCUUGACAGUCAGUUCAUCAUUUGAACAAGACAGUGAAACUUGUAUGUCUAGCGAUGUUACCAGUCCACGAAGUAUUUCUCAGCUUGAGUUUCCCAUGCCUGAAAGACUUUUACCUGUUGGUCCACAGAGAGACAUAUCCCGCCUUGCCGAACGUGUUCGACAAGCACUUGGUGUACCUGAUAUCGAUGAUACUAAUAGAAAAAAUAACGAUGUCAAGGACGAAGCAAUAUCUUCCUUAAAGCAAGACAGCAUUACAUCAGAAAACAUGUCUACCUCACUUAUGCCAACAUCAAAUGAAAUACAUUCGAGUAGAUCAGCAAGUCCUAGAAAAUUAAUCAAGCAAGUAGCUUUAGAAUCACCUCCUCCAGCAGUCGAGGGAACAGAUUUUAAUUCACGAAUAUUCGAACACGAAAAAAAAACUAAAUCAAAAGAUCAGAUACGCAUACAAAGAGAUAAGGGUCGGAAAGUAGGAACAACAGCUCCAGAUGUAGCGUUUACAAGACAUAUGAAUUCAUGGUCUGGACCACAAAUACAAUCAAAUUUAGAUUAUGUAUCUCAACAAGCAUAUCAUGCAAAUUUUAAUUUAAAACAAAGUUUAUUUCGCAUUGGUGAUGACUGUGUGUAUGAUAGAUGCUCUGAUUGUGGAACUAUAAAAGAAGAAUACUCUGAUGAAGAACUUGGUCUUUGUAUCAUUAUUUUAGGAACAUUCAUACACCGUGAACCAUCUUUAGCUGCACCUCUUCUACCAGAAAUUCUUAGCGUAGUAACAAAAGUGGCAUUACAUGCAAUGUAUCCGUGGCAGAGCGAAACUAACAUGCAUCUACCUGGUGGUGCGAUUAGUGUGGCUCAUCAAUUUCUAAGAUGUGUCCUUCAUCAACUAGCGCCUAAUGGAAUAUUCAUGCAAAUGUUCCAAACACAUCUUAAUGAAUCUACACGAAUGCAGUUCUUCAAAAGUGUUGCACAAGCUUUAGUCGAUUUUAAUGAAUUGAAUCCAAUAGCACCUUUACAGUUAUUGUUAGAGACUCUAAAUGCAAAAAAGUCUCUACCAGUAGAACGUUUACCAGUAAUACUUCACAACAUAGCUUGUUAUUUGGAUUGCUUACCAUUGGAAGCAGGUUUAGGUCCUGGGGCAGCAACAUGGAGUGGAUUAUUAGCACAAUUCGAUGGAUUAUUUCGUAGGCUUGUAUUAAUGCUCUCAUCUAUUGAGGACUCUUUGCCAUUAUUACGAAUUAUGAUUUCUGUAUUAAAAGUUCCAGGCAUACAACAAUCAAAAGGGUUGUUGGAUCCAUUUUCAAAAGUAUUAAGCUAUGCUAUACAAAAUUCUACAUUGAAGUACAGUUAUUUGAUAGAUUUGUGCUAUCUUUGUCAUAGAGGAUUUACCCGCGAUAGAGAUAAACAUUUCUUGGGCAGAACUAUAGUGUUUGAAUUAAUUCAAGUUAUAAAAUUUAAAACGACGAUACCAGAUUCCAAUUUAUUACUAUUACUUCACUUUGUACUUCAGGACGUAGGAGGUGCUUUACCUAAUACUGUUGCUAUGGAACAAAUUCAAAAUGAUGUUUCUUCAAUUUAUAACACUAAUGCGUCGGAUUCGUUAAGAAGUCAAUUAUUCGAAGUUCUUGACUUUUUAGCAGAUUUUCAUACCCUCAGUAAGAUCAAGAGUUACAAUAAAGGAUUACAAGUUGGUUUAAAUGAAGAUACGUUAGGUGGAAUGCUGAAAUGCGGUUUAGCACAAUAUGUUGCAAUAGAAAUUACCAAAGGAAAUAAUAGAGAAAACAGAGCUGUAGGACGAUAUUUAUCAUGGCUUUCUAGUGCACCAUCUAUGAUACAGCAAGGGGCUCGUGAGUAUGUAGAUUGUAUUGGACAUAUCAGAUUAUUAUCAUGGUUGUUAUUAGGCUCUCUUACGCAUUCAGCAAUGUUUGCUGGUAAUAGUAACACUCACAGUCAUGGAUCUCCAAUUUCAUCUGUACAACCAAUACCACAGGAAAUGUCUUGUCAUGUAGCAGAUCAUAUACAAGUAAUUUUUUCAGCAUUUCCUGAACAAUCCAAAGCAUCUGUGCUUCAUAUGUCAUCUUUAUUUCAUGCAUUUAUUCUUUGUCAGUUAUGGACAAUGUAUCUGGAAGAGCUAUCGAAAAAUAAUCCAUCAAACAGUGAGAGUCAAAAUGUUACUAUGAAUACCCUCCUAGAAUUUUGGGGAAAAAUUACACCAUGUAUUCUUCAAUUAGUCUCUUGUUCAAAAAUUCUUGCAGAAAUGGUAAAUCUACAUUUUCUGAGUCUUUUGGAAGCUCUUUUAGAAUGUGGUUCCAUUGUAUUAAGUAAACUAUUACCUCUUUGGAGUCCCAUUUUAUUUUCUCAUCAUACAAAGUUACCAGGGCAUUUACAAGUACGAUUACAAAACUGUCGUGAUUUUCCACCAACUAGAAUGUCUGAACAUUUUGUUUCAAUUAGACGAGAAUCAAACGCGAUACUUUUACGAUGGUUACACCGACUACAGUUUAAGAUGGGUCAAAUAGAAAUGCAAUCUUCAACAGCAACACAAUUUUACUCUAUCUAAAAAAUUGAUAUAUAACAAAUAAAAUAAAAUUAAAUAAUGGUAAUAUAUAACGGCCAAAGAUAAUAAUGUUAUCAUUAUGAAAAUUAUAAUAAUAUAUAAAUUGUUAUAAAA